ACAAGUUUAAGUAAAAAACAACAAGAUGGCGGAAUCACUUUCUUCUGAUGAAAAGAUAAACGUUGAGACAACUAUAAAACCCUUUGCUUUGUUCCCGCUCAACUUUGAUGACUACAAUGUUGAAAAGCGCAAACAGUCAAGCGGAUUUGCUAAAAUAUAUCACAUGUUAAUUAAAGCAUUCAUUUUACACAUGUUGAUUCGCAGUUUGUUUGUCCUCUGGUAUGAAGACGAUUAUUUUCGCAAGCUACUUGGUUACAGCUACAAAGCUUAUCCUUACCUUGAUUGGGUUGUUAUAUUUUAUUUGACUUACACUUAUGCCAUCUUAUAUGUUGGAGCUCGAUCUUGUAAAAAUAACACCUACAAUAUGGAAUUUGUUGAAAUUUUCAAGGUGCUUAAUGGAACUAAAUUACCCCAAGAAAUUGGAACCAAUAUUAAAAUUGUUGAAUCACUUUCUCGUUAUGCCCACUCAAAGAUGGCAAGCUGUCGAUACAUAAUUGGCGUCCGAACGGUUAUCGGAUCAAUCGUAUUCGCCUCAAUCUACCUUGACAACACACCAUUGUUAAAAUCUGGAGGAAUCGAAGAAGUUGAUUAUUACUCUGUUGCAUGGGGAGUUUUAUUGACUCUAUUUGUUUUCAUCUGUUCUGGUGUAAUCUAUGUGACCAUCAAUCUGUUUGACAUUCUUGGAUACUAUUUUCAGCUUCGUUUCCAUAAAGUUAAUCAAGACAUAGAGAGCAUCAUCACUGCUCGUGAGUCGCCCACAUCUAAUGUCAAAGUAGUUGAACUGAUGAGACAAAUAUUGAUUGAACACGAUUCGCUGUGCUGGAAACUAGAUCACUACAAUCGCUACUGGUGUCUUAUUGUGAUGAUAACAUUUUUUGUCCAACCCACAAUAUUCGUCUACACAAUGUACGAAAUUUGCUUCAUGUGGCAAACCUGGGGUGCUCUUGGCCUUCUGUGGGCCCUCAACCUCGAAUCUGCCUAUCUAUUUACCCGAAUGUUUCUCAUUGGAGUCGCACUUUCAGAUGAAGUUCACCACAUAUAUCUUCGGGCUGUGAGAGCAUCUUUUGCUAAAUAUCCUCUCGAUCUUAGACUUCAGAUUCGCAUAUUUAUCCAAAGGAUAUCCGGAGCCACCAUAGGUUUUUAUUGUUAUGAUUUGUUUGGUCUAAGUCGACAUUCCUUUUACCAUGCAUUGGUUCAUAUGGGACAGAACUUUUUCCUUAUUAUUGAUUUUGUGGUCUCACAGAAGCAAGCUCGGGAACAAAUUGCCAUUGAACGAGCUGCACGAGCAGCAGCACUGGGUAACAUGGCUGGCUAAUUGUACCAGAAUAACCACAAUUCCUGAACACAACCAUGAACACCACAAAAAAAUAUUGACUCAAAGGAUAGCAGUUGAAAACAAAACUCACCACCAACUUAUUAAGUUGCUAUGUUAUUUUAAUUAUCUGCUGUUCAAACCCAAUACCUAAAUUAAGCUGACAGUCCAAUUUUUGUAAAUAAUUCACCCAACUAACCCAAAAUGACUACAAAUCAACCCACAAAGGUCCACAAAAGCAGAAAGCAAAAUUUGAACAACUAACUACCGUCUUAAUAUGCCUUUAAACUGUUAUUGUUACAAUACUUUAUUGUUGAUGUAUCUAAACAAUAUCCAUUUAACUUUUCACUAUUUAUAUCACCUCAAAUCAAUUGAAACUCACAUGCAAUCUAUUAUAUUGAUCGGAUAGGUACAAUUUUCCUUUGCCAAUCCCUGAGCCACAAUCAUUAAUUGUGCUCUCUCACUCGAUAAAUCCCUUUAAUCGAUUUCCAAUUCUGUACUAAUUGUUGUUCAAAUUGAAGAUUUAUCAAAUCUUAUGGUAUAUAAAAAAAGAAAGGUUUCAAUCAAUAA